GCGAAGCCGCAGGCCAACCGCAUGGACAGAUCCUCGCCCAUCACGAAGUGCUGGCUCUCACUGCGCCAGCUAGCACAACGCCGCCGGGGCCUAGGAGUUGGCGCCAGCUCCUACCAGGUCGUGCUCGACGGUGGCAAGCUGGAGCCCCUCCGGCAGGAGAUCUCGCGCCAGACGGCCACGGGGGCAGCGCGCAUGACCGCGACGCGGACCAUCGCGGAGCAGCACGCCAUGGCACACGCCCAGGCCGGCAAGGUCACGCAGAAGACCCAUUCGGUGCCCGCGGCAGUGCUGGACGACGACGUCGAGAGGCCCGCGGCGCUCGCGCCGGCAAAGGUGCUCGGCGAGCGGCUGCCCCCGCAGGCCGACCCGGCCCGCGUCGAGCGACGGCGCCCCCUGCAGCGGGGGGCCGACUGGGCGACCCCGCCCAUCGCCGUCGAGAACAUCCAGAACGCGGCGAACCUGUUCCAGAGGCAGACUGGCUUGGGCUGGGACGACUUCCACCUGCGCUUGCUGCCGAAGCUGGGCGAGGAGGCGCAGCGGCGCCCGGCGGGCACCCUGAGCGCCUGGGGGAGGGCGCCGCACUGCAGCGAGCUCUGGGCGGCGGCGACG